CUGGCCUGGGCUGGCCGCCUCCGACCACCGUACGUCCUCCACCGCGUCGCCGCCGGCCGGCCUCUGCCCAGCCCGGGCUGCCUGCGAGGGCUUCUGAUGGCCCUCGACGCCGUCCUUUCCUCCUAGUGCCCAGCUUUAUUGCAGAUCCAGCCCUCUGAUCCUCGUCUUCUUUCACCUCUCCAACAUGAAGGUCAACACCAAGAUCAAGCUGGAGCCGGUCAUGGCGCCGUCGUCGUCCCUGCCGCGGAGCGCCAGCGAGCUACCCGACCCGCCGUCACCGUUCAGCUCCAACACGGCGCACCACCCCGUCUCCGUGCCCACCACACCUAGGUUGUCCUUAUCGUGCUCGUCGUUCGGCCACAUGGUGACCCCGCCCACCGACACACCGCCGAUCACGCCCACCAAGAAGCAGGACGACAAGCCGAAGCCGACGCCGGAGGCCGCCACCGCGGCGAACUACGCGUCGUUGUGGUCGCCCAAGCGCCUCAUGCAGCGCGCUGCCCGCGCUUUCCGCCGCAGCAGGUCGCGCGCCCGCGUCAGGACGGUCAAGGACCUCGCCGAGGAACGGGCCUCAGUGCUCGCCGCCAGCAGCAAGGUCUCUGAUGAGGCGGCGGCGGCGGCUACCGCGGUGCCGCCUGCAGGUGCCAAGACCUCCAGCAGCAACGAUGCCCGCGACGGCGCCAUGGGCAGCGUGCAGGACGAGCCGCGGCAGCAGCGCCACGAUGACUAUCACCACCCCGAGAUCGUCCCCGAGAAGAUCAUACACGAGGACGCGUUGCCGGUCGUUGCUGCGGAGAAGGAGACUGCCGCCGCCGCCGCAACCUCGAAGGAGGAGGAGGAGGUGGAGUCGCCCAAGAAAGGAGCGGCUCUGUCGCCGGUGCCGGAGGCUAUCGUCAUCGCCACAGCCGCAACCUCGAAGGAGGAGGAGGAGGAGGUGGAGUCGCCCAAGAAAGAAGCGGCUCUGUCGCCGGCGCCGGAGCCUAUCGUCAUCGCCGCCGCCUUAACCUCGAAGGACGAGGAGGAGGUGGAAUCGCCCAAGAAAGAAGCGGCUCUGUCGCCGGCGCCGGCGCCGGAGGCCAUCGUUGCCGUAGCAGCAGUGGAAGACGUGGUGGCGGACAAGUUCGUGACGGUUGUGAAGGAGGCGAUCAAGAAGCAGGAGGCGGAGGAGGACGAGAAGGAGGAGGCAAUGCGGAGGUUCCAGGGCAGCCGUGUGAGGACGGCGUUGGAGGCGCGAGCGGAGUCGGAGCAGCCGCGUCGCCGAGAGGUGGCGCGGAGCAACGACGUGAUCGAGGAGGCGCGCACGAAGCUGCUGGAGAAGCGUCGGAGCAAGGUCAAGGCGCUCGUCGGCGCCUUCGAGACUGUCAUCGACACCAAGAAGGACAGCGACGACGCGGCCGCCGGCAAGCCGGAGCACCACAACCGCAACAAGUCGGCUUAAAUGAUUAAACGUAUACGCUUCGUGUCUUCUCCUUAAUUAUUAUAAUUAUUACUGGCCAGCCCAUCGCCGCAUGGAUGCAUGCACGGCGCUAAUUAAUCCUUCUUGCUACUAAUUAACUCCGGUUAAUUGGUGGCACACCAUGUAUAGCGUCGUGGAGUUCUCUAUAUUACACCAUAGAGGGAAAUGUGGAGACCGGUGUUGCAUUCUAUACAAUUUCUUCUUAUAA